AUGACUAAUCCAACCUAUAAAGAUAUCACCGCUGAAACGAACAAAUCCAAUGCCUAUGCAGCAAUGGUUCCAGGUCAGACCGUGGUGGAAAUCCCCAAAUAUGACCUUGAAUGUGGCGAGCUGCUCAUUGACUUCCCGGUUGCCUAUAAGACCUGGGGAAGACUAAAUCCAGAUUGUGAUAAUGUUCUACUUAUCUGUCACGCCUUGACAGGAUCGUCAGACGUUCAGGACUGGUGGGGUCCACUUCUUGGAACUGGACUCACUUUUGACCCUUCUCGUUUUUAUAUCGUGUGCAUCAACUUCUUGGGAUCUCCAUAUGGCCUGUGCUCUCCAGUCAGUAUAGAUAAGGCCAGUGGGAAACCGUAUGGCCCACUGUUCCCGCUAGUGACUGUGAAAGAUGACAUUGGCGUACAGAAACUAAUUUUGGAUUCGUUGGGUGUGAAGAAGAUCGCCUGUGUAAUUGGAGGCUCCAUGGGAGGUAUGGCUGCCCUUGAAUAUUCGGCUACCUAUGACGGGACUGGCUACGUUAAGAGCAUCAUAGCGUUGGCAACAUCCGCACGUGCGAGUGCCUGGUGCAUUUCUUGGAAUGAAACUCAGAGACAGUGCAUUUUCAGCGACCCAAACUAUGACGAUGGCUACUACUUCGAGACGCCUGGCCUUAGGCCUGAUGGCGGCUUGAGUGCGGCCAGAAUGGCUGCGUUGCUCACGUAUAGAUCACGAAACUCUUUUGAGACUCGUUUUGGUAGGAAUUUGCCAUCUACACAAGGUUCCUCCGCCGCAUCUACCUCCAACUCUUCCAGUAAGUCGGAUAUUCGCUUGCCCAGAAACAAGGACGAGGAGAACUGGUUGAUGCAUAACGAGGGUUCAAGAUCGUCACGAGGAUCGGCCACCUCAUUUAAGGGUGAUAAGCCUCAAACAUACUUCACAGCCCAGUCGUAUUUAAGAUACCAGGGAGAGAAGUUUGUCAAGCGAUUCGACGCCAAUUGCUACAUUUCCAUUACCAGAAAGCUUGAUACACAUGAUAUCACACGUGGCCGUAUCGAUGCCAACGUCACAGAAGACCCUCUUCCUCUGUACCUUGAGACGUUGACAUUACCUCAUUUGGUCAUUGGAAUCACGUCAGAUGGUUUAUUUACCUACAGCGAGCAGCAGCUAUUAGGAUCUCACAUUCCUGACAACAUCCUCAAGACAUUGGAUUCCCCAGAGGGUCACGAUGCAUUCUUGUUGGACUUCGAAAUCAUUGACAAAUUCUGCAGAGACUUCCUCCACACCAAGUUAUCCGAUUACUACGACGAUAACUCAGGAAAGGUUGAGGUAUUCGCAGAUUGGGCCGACCACGUUAAGUCUGUUGAGAAUGGAGGAAACUCCGUUUUUGGCGAGGCCGAGAAUAUCACUAAUUGGUAG